AUUUCCAGCAAACUGAGGAUAACAUGACACAGUAAACAGGAAACGGCUAACCGUGUUGGGUCUCUCUUCUUCCUUCUUUUUUUUGGUAAACACAGUAACAUAUGCUGCAAACCUCAAAUUUCCAAAGAAACCAUGUUGCUAACUUACUCAUCAGCUCCCUCUUUCAUAUCCAACCCACCUUUUCCUUAAUUGUUUCAGUAUGUACUAUGCUAGGAAGUUUUGAUACUCAGAAAAAGCAAAUAACGCGUAGCUGUCCAAUUCUCAACUUGAAAGAUGAAAGACAGAGUGGUUACACAUCACAUGUUGAUGAGACAAUAAGGCGGAGGCUUUUAUUUGGUUUGGUCACAACAGCCUUGUUUCCAACUCUAUCUUCUUCUGGAAAAACAAAGAGUAAGAAUCCAUAUGAUGAAAAACGCUUGCUAGAACAAAAUAAGCGGGUACAGAAAGAAAACAAUGCACCUGAAGACUUUCCAAGUUUUGUCAGAGAAGGUUUUCAAGUUAAUGUAGUAACACCAGAAAACUACAUAAAAUGUGAUUCUGGGCUUAUAUAUCGGGACUUUGAAGUUGGUAAAGGUGAUUGCCCAAAGGAUGGUCAGCAGGUGACUUUUCACUAUGUUGGCUAUAAUGAGUCAGGCCGCCGUAUUGACAGCACAUACCUACAGGGUUCCCCUGCCAAAAUCCGCUUGGGCAAUAAUGCAUUGGUACCAGGAUUUGAGGAAGGUAUUCGAGACAUGAGACCUGGGGGAAAAAGAAGAAUAAUCAUUCCACCAGAACUUGGACCACCGGUUGGACCUUCCACCUUUUUCAGCGCAAAACAGUUUGAAGUUUUUGAUGUUGAGCUGCUUAGCAUUCAGACCUGUCAAAGGAGGACCAUAGCUUUUUACUCUGAUUUUGUGUGCAAUUAAGUGAUGAAGCUAUAUUGUGCCCAUUUGAGUCCUGCAUAUCUCACCAUUUUUUUUGGGGGUAAUUGAUAAGUUUUUGAAUGAAGAAAUGUCCUCUGCAACACGUGCAGGUAAAUCCUUAAGUUCUCAUUGGGUAAUUGGUAUAUAAAUGGCUACAAAAUCAGAAACUUCUUUUUGUAAACUGAAAUAUUAUGUUGAAAAUUGAAUGAAGAUAAGUUGCACUAAUGUAGAAAAUUGAAUGAA